AAACUGGCCACUGCCUCAGCACUCCAUCCCAUAACCGGAGCAGCAACUUUGCCAGAACAAUCCGAACCACGUUUUCCUUUCACCGCAAUCGUCGGGCAGACGACGAUGAAGCGGGCGCUUAUACUCAACGCCAUCAACACCCGCAUCGGCGGCGUGUUGAUCCGCGGCAAGAAAGGCACCGCCAAGUCCACUGCCGUCCGCUCCCUGGCAGCGUUACUGCCUGAGGUUUCCGUCCUGCGCGGGUGCCCCUACAGUUGCCUCCCUGAGAACCGCCAGGGCCUGUGCCAGUUUUGCCUGCCUGCCGGGGAAACCGCCCCGGCAGUAACACGUCAGGUACGCAUCGUUGACCUUCCCGUGGGCGCCACCGAGGACCGGCUGGUAGGCUCACUGGAUAUUGAACAGGCCAUCAAGACAGGCAGCCGCAGCUUUGAGCCGGGCCUGAUCGCCUCCACGCACCGUGGCAUCCUCUACGUCGACGAGGUCAAUCUGCUGAAUGACCACCUUGUCGACGUGCUUCUUGACGCCGCCGCCAUGGGCCGGAACUAUGUGGAGAGGGAAGGCAUUUCCGUCAGCCACGCCGCCCAGUUCAUCCUGGUAGGCACCAUGAACCCCGAGGAGGGCGACCUGCGCCCCCAGUUGCUGGACCGCUUCGGCCUCGCCGUAGAGGUGGACAGCGCCUUCACUCCCGAAGAAAGGCGCGAGGUGGUGAAGCGCCGCAUAGCCUAUGAAGACGACCCCUUCGGCUUCAUGGACAAGUGGCAGGACUCGGAGGCCGAGGAACGGGAGCGAAUCCUCCACAGCCAGGAAUUGCUGGGAAAGGUACACGUCUCGGACGAUAUUCUCGAGCUGAUCACCGACAUUUGCGCUGAGUACCAAGUAGACGGCCUCCGCGCCGAUAUUGUGAUGUACAAGACCGCCGGCACCAUCGCGGCCUAUGAGGGCAGGAACCAUGUCCUGGCCGACGAUGUGCGAGAGGCCGCCGAGAUGGCGCUGCUCCACCGCCAGCGGCGACAGCCCUUCCAGCAGCCACACCUGGUCACCGAGCAGCUUGACUCGAUGAUCGACGAUUUCCAGAACCGGCCGCAGAACCGCGAGCCGCAGGACCAAGACCAGAACCAGUCGGAGGAGCAGGACGACGGAGACCCCGACUCACCGGAACCGGAAGAGCAGCCCCCAACGCCUCCUGGCGAUUCCGGUCCCCAGGACCAGUACUACGAGGUGGGAAACCCCUUCUCCGUCCGCUCCCUGCAGGUAAAGCCCCCCGACCACCGUGCCCGGCCCGCCGGAGGCCGCAGGGCGAGAACAAUCAGCGGCUCUCCUUCCGGUCGGUACGUGAGCGCCGCCACGCCCCAGGACAAGGCCUCCGACCUCGCGCUCGACGCCACGCUGCGCACCGCCGCGCCGCAUCAGGUCGAGAGACGGUCGGGGCUGGGCAGCCAGGCCGAUACGGACAAUGCUCCGGCCUUCCUCAUCGAACCUUGGGACGUGCGCGAGAAGGUGCGCGAGACCAAGACAGGCAGCCUCAUCCUGUUCGUUGUGGACGCCAGCGGCUCAAUGGGGGCACAGCGCCGCAUGGUGGCGGUCAAGGGCGCCAUCCUCUCCCUCCUCCUGGACGCCUACCAGCGUCGCGACCGGGUCGGGCUGAUCGCGUUCCGAGGCACCUCCGCCCAGGUACUUCUGCCGCCAACCUCCAGCGUCGACCUGGCGCAUACACUCCUGCAGGAGAUGCCCACGGGAGGCCGCACACCCCUUAGCCGGGGCUUGAUGCUGGCCAUGGAGGUCAUCGAGGCUGAGAAGCAAAAGGACCGUAGCGUCCUGCCUCUUUUGGUGGUGUUGUCCGAUGGCCGGGCCAACGUGGCUAUGGGGAGUGGGGGGCCGUCAUCAGCAUCGGAUCAGGCGGAGGGGGGCAACCUGCCUCUGGCCGAGGCACGGGCGAUGGCCGCAGCCAUCAAGGAGCAGCACAUCUCUGCAGUGGUAAUCGACACAGAGACCGACUUCCUGCGGCUUGGCUUGGCGGAACCCGUGGCUGAGGCAAUGGGCGCCCUCUGCAUCAAGCUGGAGGAGUUGCACUCUGACGCGCUGGCCGACACGGUGCGAAUGCAGAUGCCGAUGUCCGACAAACCAACCCCUGUCACCCGACGAGAUUCAGGGGCUCCUGCAGCAAAUAAGGCUGCCAUAGAGGUCUUUAACUGGUGGCUGCCCCGCCUGGGCUCGAACCAGGGGUUUCAGCUCCAAAGGCUGACGUGCUACCACUACACCACGGGGCAACGGCAGUACCGUAAAUCCAUUGUGAUUGCCGUGGCAAGGGGCGUCAAGUAG